CCUCUUUCUAAAAAAAAAUGUUUUUCGAGACUUCCGGUUGGGCUUUGCCCAAGAACAUUGCUUCUGAAAAGAAGGAAGUUAUUUCAAAGAAAGAAAAGUUUGCUCAGUCCAAAUUACCUAAAGAAGGUAAACUUUCAAGAGAAGCCGAUCAGAUCCAAGCUCAAAUGGCCUCUUUGAACGAUCAACCCAUUCUCACUGCGGCUGAACCCAAAACCAAAAAGCCAAGAGUUAGAAAUAAGAAGCGUGCUUUGGAGGAGACACCUGUGGAAGAAAAGGUGAUUGAAAAGCCUGUCGAAACAAAUAAAAAACAAAAGAAGAAUAAACCUGUUGUGAAACAACAACCUGAACCUGUUGACAGCAAGAAGACUCAGCAAAAGAAGAAAUUACAACAGCUCUUGUCAAAAAAAGAUAAUAACAAUAAUGGAAAGAAGGCCGAUAAGAAAGUUGAAAAGAAAGCUGAAAAGAAAGCAAAUACGUCAGUAGUAGAGGUUGUCAAAGCAAAGCCUCAACCUAUUCAAAAGGUUGAAGAAGAUGACGGACUUACACCUCUUCAACGCAAAAUGAAGGAAAAGUUAUCCGGUGCUCGUUUCCGUUGGUUGAAUGAACAACUUUAUACCACACCAGGACAACAUUCUUUUGAUUUGUUUCAAGAAAAACCAGAGCUAUUUGAUCAGUAUCAUGAAGGUUUCCGUCAUCAAGUUGAAUCAUGGCCUGUCAAUCCCGUUGAUGUGAUUAUCGACCAACUCAAAUCUCUUCCUAAGGGUACUUUAAUUGCUGAUCUUGGAUGUGGUGAUGCUAUGAUUGCACAGUCCUUGACCAAGCAAACUGUCUUGAGUUUUGAUUUAAUUGCAAAGAACGAUUUAGUCACUGCUUGCGAUAUCACAAAGUUACCUCUUGAAGCAAAUUCAAUUGAUGUUGCUGUAUUUUCAUUAUCAUUAAUGGGUACAAACUAUCUCGAUUUCCUCAAAGAAGCACAUCGUGUCCUUAAAAUUGGUGGUGAAUUAAAGAUUGCAGAGGUAGUUAGUAGAUUCAGUGAUUUAGAUUCAUUUAUUGGUCUUUUAGAAAGUUUAGGAUUUGAUUUUAUGGAUAAGGAGGAUGAUAACAAAAUGUUUGUCAUGUUAUAUUUUACAAAGCAACCCAACUUUGAAGAAGAUGAAAACGAAGAAAUGUUCUCUGGAUUAAGCAAAACACAGAAGAGAUCCCUUAAAAAGGGUGCAGGAAUUAACAAUUCCAAAAUUAAAUUGCAAAAGAAAUCACAACAAUUGUUAAAGCCAUGUCUGUAUAAGAAACGUUAGA